AUGGGUCGCGUUCGCACGAAGACCGUCAAGAAAUCCGCCAAAGUUAUAAUCGAACGUUACUACCCCAAGUUGACCUUGGACUUCGAGACCAACAAGCGGAUCUGCGAUGAAAUCGCCAUCAUUGCUAGCAAGCGUUUGAGGAACAAGAUUGCCGGCUACACCACCCAUUUGAUGAAGCGUAUUCAGCGAGGUCCUGUGCGUGGUAUCUCGUUCAAGUUACAAGAAGAAGAGCGUGAGCGAAAGGAUCAAUAUGUCCCUGAAAUCUCGGCUUUGGACUUUACGCAGAACACGGAGCAAGGGCAAUUGGAUGUGGAUGCCGAUACGAAGGAUCUACUGAAGAGCUUGGGGUUUGAUUCCAUCAAUGUCAAUGUUCAGCCUGUCACUCAACAGCAGACUGUUGAGCGCCCGGGAAGACGAUUUGAGGGGGGCAGACCGCCAAGGACUUAA